GUCCCGCUCCGCGUCCCCGUCCCCUGCGAGAGCUCGAUGGCAGCAGCAGGGGCUCUGGGCUAGUUGCGCCGAGAGCUCUGAUCUGAUCGCAGAGGGAAUUGCAGAGCAGCCAGACAGACAGAGCAGACCCGGGGACGGUGGCGGCGACAUUCAUUCAUUCCGCUUCUUCUUCGGAUCAUCUGGAGAGAUCAGGAGUCGCAGAGCUUCGUGCCUCUGCAUUGAUUGAGCAGACGCGCGAGCGAGCGAGCGAGAGAGAGAGAGAGAGAGAGAGAGAGAGAGAGGACAUUAGGUGGAAUGAAGGGCGGAUCUUGGAAGGCGCUGAAAUGAGAGAUUGCGCUGGACGAUUUGCCGGUUGCGGAUGGAGGGAAGGUAUUUUCGACGUGGAAGGAGAGGAGGAGUGCAGUGGGUGCUGCACACGGGACGGAAGCAGCAUGGAUUGAUUGAGGGAAGCACUAUUGAUGGCGUCGCUUUGCCUUGCGUUGACCAUGUCUGUCAUCAGCUCGAUGUGACUGACCGUCAGUCAAUGCUGGAGCCAAUGUUCGAGCCAGUUUGAGACAUCUAGGUUCUGUGUAUGCACAUGCUUGUGAGGAGCAUCUGUCUCAGUUUCUGAACGUUCUUCUCGUCUUGGCUUCUCUCCUAUGGCCUGCGUGGAUCUGGGCAUCAUCAUGGCCAGGAGAUUGCCGGCUUUCGGCUUCCUUGCAUUGAUAGCGAUGCACAUUGCAGUUGGACUGGUUAGUGUCGUCUCGGGUGACAAGCUGUCGGAAUUGACAUCUGAGCUGCAAGAGAUACCGAACGCCCCAUGGAGAAUGCACACUCUGUUCUCGGUGGAGUGCAAGGAUUACUUUGACUGGCAGACUGUUGGUUUGAUGCACAGUCUUAGGAAAAGUGCACAACCUGGACCAAUCACUCGUCUUCUAAGCUGCACCGAGAAAGAAUUGGUCAAAUACAAGGGCCUGGAUCUGGCUCCCACUCUUAAAGUGCCGUCAAUGAGCAAGCAUCCUGUAACAGGGGACUGGUAUCCAGCUAUCAACAAGCCUGCUGGAGUUGUGCACUGGCUGAAAACUUCUGAAGAAGCAAAGCAUGUCGAUUGGGUCGUGAUUUUGGAUGCCGACAUGGUCAUGAGACAUCCAAUUACUCCCUGGGAAGUGGGAGCAGAGAAGGGGAAACCUGUUUCUGCUUCUUACGGUUAUCUUGUCGGUUGCGACAAUGAACUGGCUCAGAUACAUACUACACAUCCUGAGUUUUGCGACAAAGUUGGAGGUUUUAUCGUGAUGCACAUAGAUGAUCUGCGAGCAAUGGCACCCCUUUGGCUUUCAAAGACAGAAGAGGUGCGAGCCGACAAGGAUCACUGGGCUCAAAAGUACACUGGUGACAUAUAUUCGAGUGGCUGGAUCAGUGAAAUGUACGGUUAUUCUUUUGGAGCCGCAGAGGUUGGGUUACGACAUAAGAUCAACGACGACCUGAUGAUAUACCCCGGCUAUAUUCCAGCGGAUGGCAUAGAACCUUUCAUCAUGCACUAUGGGUUGAGGUUCAAUGUGAGCAGCUGGCACUUCGAUAAGGCCGAGCACUUGACUAACGCUAUUGUUUACGAGUGCAACAAGCUCUUCCCUGCUCCUCCUUACCCCGAACAGGUGGAGUUGUUGAGUAAGAAAAAGAGCAAUCGUCGCGCUCUGCUGCUGAGUAUUGAGUGUAUUAACACAAUUAAUGAAGGUCUGGUCCUGCAUCAUGCCAAAAGACGCUGUCCGGAGCCGCCUAAAAGCGAGUACCUGGACUUUCUACGAACUGGAUCUGAUCCCGCAGGUCGUCCAAAGCUGAAGAUAUUGGAAAAUGCUACUGAAGAUGAUCGUUCCACUCAGUCUAAAGAAGAAUCUCUACAAGCUUCUUCCAAAGAGGACAAAGUAGCUGUAAAGAUCAAGGCUCCUAUGCAGCUCAAGCUUCCACACCCCAAAAUCCAUACGCUUUUUUCAACUGAGUGUAAUGAUUAUUUCGACUGGCAGACUUUGGGACUUUACCAUAGUUUUCAGUUAAGUGGCCAGCCUGGCUUCAUCACAAGGUUGCUAAGUUGUACAGAAGAGAAGCUGAAGAACUACAAAAAUCUUGACCUGGCUCCAACGCAUGUGGUGCCCUCCAUGAGUGUGCAUCCCCUCACAGGAGACAGAUAUCCUGCCUACAAUAAACCAGCGAGCAUUGUGCAUUGGCUCAACCAUGUGCAGAUGGACGUGGAGUAUGUCGUCAUCUUGGAUGCAGACAUGAUUCUACGAGGGCCUAUAACACCGUGGGAGUACGGCGCCUCGCGAGGCAAUAUAGUCUCCGUCUCCUAUGAUUAUCUUAAAGGCUGUGACAAUGAACUUGCUCGGUUACACACUCGGUAUCCUGAAUACUGCCCGAAGGUUGGCGGUGUUCUCGUGGUGCACAUAGACGAUCUACGUUUAUUAGCGCCUCUUUGGCUACACAAGACGGAAGAAGUUCGUGCAGACAAGGCCCACUGGGCGACAGAAAUUACUGGAGACGUGUAUGGACAUGGCUGGAUCAGUGAGAUGUAUGGCUAUUCCUUCGGUGCUGCUGAGCUGAAGUUGAAGCACAUCGUAAAGAACGAGAUCAUGCUCUAUCCAGGUUACGUCCCACCACCAGGUAUAGAAGUGAGGGUACUGCAUUAUGGGUUGAACUUUAAGAUUGGCAACUGGAGCUGGGACAAGCACAAAUGGCAUUACGAAGACAUGACGUCAUCGUGUUGGAGACAGUUUCCCUCUCCACCGGACAUUUCCACUCUGCAAUGGGACACGGAAGACGAUGAGAGGAGAGAUAGGUUGAGCAUCGAAUGCAUGAAGACCUUGAAUGAAGCUCUUUACCUCUAUCACAAGAGGAAAGGAUGUCGGCCUCCGGGUGAAUACAAGCUAAUGGACGAUACAAAACGCAGUGGUCUAGAGAAAAGUGCGGCGGAAAGGAUCUCGGAGGGCAAAGCAGUCGAUAAACUGAUCAUGGGAAGGCACAAGCAAGCCUUCAAAGGGUCGCAGCUCAUCGAUCCGGACGACGAGUCUCAAGCUGUCGACGAUGUCUACGACCGAGCGACCAUCGAAGCGGAGGAGAGGUUAACCCAAAAGUUGAAGAAGAGGAGUAUGCUGAACAACCUGACAUCGGUUGCACCAUUCAAUUUGAGUCCCCGGUACUGGAUGGUCGCUCUGUGGACCAGCCUUGUCGUACUCUUUCUGCUGGGGAUGUCUGCUAUAUACUCGAAACAACGGGGGGGCGAGGCGAACGUCAAGCCCAGGUACUCGAAGGUCAAGCCCCGAAGGUUUGACUUUGAUUCCUUGAAAGAUACGGUCGCCGAUCGGACGGUCGAGCUCCACCCGUAGCUGCUCGACUUGACUGUGGCUUUCUUAUCCAAUUUUGUUGACCUUGAUCAUCUGCCAGGCCAAUAACAGCAACUCGAGUGUACAUUAAGUAGAUUUUUCUCCCGUCUUUAGAAUUGACACAAAGACCUAGAAAGAGAAGCUCCCAUCUCUUGGGAGAGCAAAGCGACGGUCCAGAACCUAUCCACGGGUUUUCAUAUGUGAAUACAAGACCC